AUGACCGGCUCCUUUUUCACGGUAGCAACACAGACGUCGUUGCGGCAGUCGGCAACCAACGACGAGUCACGUAACGCGUCCUCAGAAUGUAGUCCACGCUGCAGGAGCCUCAAGCAAGACAAGACUACGUUCCACUUGUUUGCUUGUCUGAUGCUCCACUUCCACCGACUGCCUAACACGGCUUCUUUCGACUACAGCCGAAAACUGGACGCCGCCGCAAUCGUAGCAGAUCGAGGCAAAAAACUGCCAACGCUGCAACGAAGUUGCGUGGCGCUGAGACAAGGCAUCGGCAACACAGCUACUCUUCAAUGUUUUGCGAAGACAAUGCCGUUCAGUCGUCAUCGUAGCUCCUCACCAUAA